ACGCUCCCCACCCACAUCGUGAUCACAUGAGAGUGACACCAGGAUUAGGUGAAAGUCACUCCAAGAAGCUGCUGCGGCCCAUCCAAUAAGGGGAGAAGGAGAUGUGAAUGUAGAACUGGUUCGGUGUUUGGUUUAAAUGGCAGAAAGGUGCAGCAAUGUACAAGGUUGUACGAAACUGACUGGGUUGGUUUAUGCACUCUACAGGGGGACCUCCUUUAAAUCACUUCUAGACGCUGCUCAGGAGGGUGAGCUCAAUCUUUUGACAUGUGAUGGGAAGUGCUUGGUUCUGGAGUGGGAAUGGAGAUCAUAGGAACUGAGCACUCAAGGCUUCUGGAUAGUCUGAAGACCACAGUCGAAGGGUUGGUGUCGGGCAACAGCAGAAAUGUCUGGUCCAAAUAUGGUGGCCUGCAGAGGUUGUGCCGUGAUAUGAGCAGCAUCCUACAACAUGGACUACUAUGUGAUCAGGUGUAUUGCAAACAAAAAGACUACUGGAAUUUUGUAAAGAGCAGUCAGCGCCUCCAUCCUGGAUCAUCCCCUCAAGUAGAGCAGUUCCUGCUGUUUUUUGAGAACAGUCAGCGGAAUGGUGAGGACACCAGUGAGAGGGAUAGUGGCAAGCUCUGGUUGCAGCACAGUUUGCAGUUCCAUUGCCUAUCCGCUCAGCUAAAAUCCUUGCUUGGGAACCGGCAGUACACCAGAAAGUUUUAUUCAGAAUCUGCUUUUUUACUGAGUGAGGCCCAUGUUGCCGCAAUGUUCCAGUGUCUUGAGGCUGUAGAACAGAAUAAUCCCAGACUUUUGGCUCAGAUUGACACAUCUGUGCUGGCUGGCAAGAGAGAACUCAACAUAUCAGAAAAAAGUCUGAGCCUAUCAACCCUGCCAGGAUCUUCCGGUAUCCCAUACACUGAUAACACUCCACAUUCUCUGUACAGUUCCUAUAGCAGUCUUCAGAUGUCUAGCUCUGAUUUCCGGAUUGACCAUCAGAAUAAUCUUUACAAAGCUGUAUCCGAAAAUGAAUCCAUCGUCUCUGUCGCUCCAGGAGAUGAUUCGUCGCCACAUGAGGCAUUUUCACCUGUUAGUGAGAUGAGUGUCAGUACCGUUACCAGCCAAAGUGAAGAUGCUGGUAGUCCAGACGACCCCCACAGUGAGGCAGAUGAUGGUCCUGAGUACCUGGCCAUUGGUAACAUGAGCCGACGUGCAUCCAGUCAGAGUAGUGAAAGUUCAAACCUUUUCUCUUGCAACUCCCAAAGAACAGACUCUCUAAACUCAACUCCAACAGCUCCCCAAAACUCAUCUUUACUUAGUGUCCCUCGGCGCUCCAGCUUCUCUGAGAUUCAGACUGGGAAUGGACCCUGGCACACAAAGAAAAGCCAUAUGCGUUCACGUUCCGACACCAAUGUAACCAUAGCAAAGGCCCAAGAGUCCCUUUCUGAGUUACGGAAUAAUCCCACCCUGCUAGGGAAGACCAAAGCAAUAGGUUCCCCUUACAUAGAACAUGACAGUGCUCCGUAUCUGAAUACUACAGAAGGUGUUUUUCGGAGACCAUCCAAGGGGCAGUCAUUAAUCAGUUACCUCUCAGAACAGGACUUUGGGAGCUGUGCUGAUCUGGAGAAGGAAAAUGCUCACUUCAGUAUCUCUGAGUCAUUGAUCGCAGCUAUCGAACUGAUGAAGUGCAACAUGAUGAGUCGGCAGCUGCAGGAAGAGGAAGAAGACAGUGAUCGUGAGAUCAGGGAGCUAAAGCAGAAAAUACACCUGCGGCGACAGCAAAUCAGAAGCUCACAAACUCAAAGCGCCUAUACUGAUGGAGGGUCCAGCAGCCAAGAAAUGACAGAGAGUGGGUCACAGAUAAGUUCCCAUGAGUCCAUUCCAGUAUCAGAGUCUGGCUUUGCAGAUGAAGUGGAUCAAUAUGAAGUUAAAGCUUCUGAGAUUAAAAGAAGUUCAAACAGCCAACAUCUACAGUGUACUGAAUCCAUGUCCUACUCCUUUCUUUGUUCCAACUCUGCUGAGGCUGUAGCCAUGGGUCUCCUAAAGCAGUUUGAAGGAAUGCAGCUACCGGCUGCUUCAGAGCUGGAGUGGCUGGUCCCAGAGGAUGAUGCACCACAGAAGCUGCUACCAAUUCCAGAUUCUGUACCCAUUUCUCCAGACGAUGGGGAACAUGCAGAUAUAUACAAACUUCGAAUACGGGUUCGCGGUAAUUUGGAAUGGGCACCGCCAAGACCGCAAAUCAUCUUCAACAUUCACACUGCUCCCACAAAGAAGGUGGCAGUCACAAAGCAGAACUACAGAUGUGCCGGCUGUGGAAUUAGGAUAGAAUCUGAUUAUAUCAAAAGACUGCGAUAUUGUGAAUACUUGGGAAAGUACUUUUGCCAGUGCUGCCAUGAGAAUGCACAAUCUGUCAUCCCUGGGCGAAUCAUUCGAAAAUGGGACUUCAGCAAGUAUUACGUCAGCAACUUUUCAAAGGACCUACUUACAAAGAUUUGGAGCGAUCCUCUCUUCAACUUGCAGGACAUCAACAGCUCUUUGUACCGGAAAGUAAAGGCACUGGAGCAAGUGCGGUUGUUGAGGGUCCAGUUGGUGCACUUAAAGAACAUGUUCAAAACAUGCAGGCUGGCUAAAGGAAUCCUGGAGUUAUAUGACAUUGUGCCUGGACACCUGACUGAGGACCACCAUCUCUUCUCCUUAAGCGAUCUCACCUACAUAAAGAAAGGGGAGUUGGUCCCACAGUUAAGGGAUUUAGUGAGAUCUGGAGCCCUACAUGUAGAGAAAUGCAUGCUCUGUCAAGCCAAGGGCUUCAUCUGUGAAUUCUGUCAGAAUGAAGACGAUGUGAUCUUUCCAUUUGAGCUACAUAAAUGCCGGAGAUGUGACGACUGUAAGGCUUGCUAUCACAAAUAUUGCUUCCGGUCUGAAGAGUGUCCCAAGUGUGAACGUUUAAGAGCAAGAAGAGACCUUCUGGCCAGGCAAAGCCUGGAGUCAUAUAACUCUGAUCAGGAGGAAUUUAAUGCAGAAGAACCAUCCGUGGACUCUUAACAAGCACGAAAGGGCAAGACCAAGUGUAACUGCAGCUUUUUAAUUUUAGUGCUAGUCAUCCAGAAUUUGCAUCUUGCUAAAAAAAACAACAUAUUCUCACAGUCUUGUAUUAAAGACCCCCCCUUAUUGUUUAUUAUAGACAUUUUUUUUAACCUUGAUUGUUUUUGGUUAAUCAUCGGAUUUCUGGUUGUCAGAAAUUAACAGUAAUACCUCCUUUGUGAUCACUACAUACAUUGUUGUGCAAUAUUGGAAUAUGCUCUUCACCUCACAGCUGUGCAUUAUCACAUAUUCUCUAAUAGACUUUAACAAGCGUAUCAGUCGGUCUCAGAUACAGCAGAAAGUGAAAGCGACAUAAACAGAACUGUGUGAUCACUGUAAUCUGCAAACCUGCAAUUUAAACUUGUGGCAUAUGUGCUGUUCUCUUAAAUAUUCCAGAGAAAUUAGACUUGGGGGUGGUGCACCCAUCUCUUUCACUUAUAGACCCUAGAGAUCAUAGCAAAUUUGCAACAGGUUGUGACUGUAACAUGCCUAUUCCGGUGCAUUUUGGAUCAUUGCAGUUGUGUGCCAUGCAAUGAUCCAAAAUGAGUUUUUGACUGUAAUGGGAUGAAAUUUACUCCAAAUACACAACUUUUCCCAGAAUCUCCACAUCUGCCAUAAACUGGUUGUACAUAAUUUUCAAGCAAAUUGCCCUAAAAUAACACGUUUCUGCCUAUGCUAAUAAUCUGCUUCAGUAGUGCUGCCAAAAGUUACUCUCACCAGUCCCAUUCCGAUUGCUCAAGCAAUGUCAGAGAAAUUUGGUUAUGUGUGAUCACAAUGGAGCCAGCACAUGUAGCUGUCUAAAGGCUGGUGAUCCAUGCGAACUGCAGAAGGUUGUAUAUGUCAAAGUUGGCUCCAGCUUUCUGGUGCGCAUCUUCACUCCCUGCAAUGUAAUUCCCUUUAUUCUUUACAGUUGCACUAGAUCUAGAGUCGAGAAAAGCACUUUUCUAGAAUACAUUCUCCUGCCUUGUCUUGUUUGCAGUAAUGUUGGUAUAUUUUAGUACCAUGCAGUUGAUCAGAGUUGGUUGGAUUUAAUUGCACCAAGAGUGAGUAUGCAGAGCUUAGUGUUUGACCCGUGCCCAGUAAACUGCCCCUGCCUAUAACUGGCUGAGAUCCUUUCCUGUAAGCUCAAUGACUGCUGGCACUAAAACGAAUGCUGCCAUGAUACGUUAUUAUGGAAUACAUUGUGGCUGGGAAUAUGCAGUGCAUGAAUCCUAAUCUUCCUUCAGUUACACAUAGAUUGAUAGUAUCUAAGAUAACUAUGCCGAAGUUGAAUAGCACAAGGCUUUCGUGUGAGGACCAGCUUUUUUAUAAUUGCACUAAUGUACUAAUUGAUUGUAUAUCUUUACAGAAACCAUCCAUUAGGCCAACUGUUCCUAGCAAUGAAUGUUAUCUGGAUAGCCUUACAGAAUCAAACAUGGAUCUGUCGCAGUAAAGCUGCCCAUACACUUAUAGAUCUGCUCCUUUGGGAAGGUCACAAAAAUGAGUGGAUCUUUGCCUGGUUUGGGUAACCACAAAUCCCAUUUACCCAAACCACCCAUUGUUUUCCCACUGGCCAUUGAUAGGAUCUAACUGUGGGCCCAUGGAGACCCAUUUUUGUGAUAACUGCACAGAUUCAGACUUAUCCGAUGUGAUUUUAACAUGCCCUAUAGAUAUCAAGUUCAUAUUUGACCCAAUAUCGUUCAGACAGACCCUCCAAAGGGACUAAGUCUGCAGAUUUUAUUAGCCUCAAUAUGGCCAACUUGACUUACCUGCUCCAUGUGACUGCUGUGUGGAUAUCCAGAAAACCUAUUCUAUAGAGGGGUGGGUGCCGGGGCAUAGGAACAUUUUUGGCCCACUGCAGUUCAGUGUGGAAAUUGCUUUUGCUUGUUGCAGUGCCAAAGGGAUAAGGAACAUUAGACAAUGGCACUUUGCCCCUCCUGCACUGAAAAUGUUAUAAGGCUUACUUAUGAACAGUAUGCAUUUCAUGUUAAUUACAUUAAUGCACUUCUUCAUCUGCAUAUCUGGUGCUGCGUUUAUCUGGAGCCUAGCUCAGUGGAAUAUGUUCAGAUACAUCAUUCACCCAGUUCAAAGUCUUUCUCCGUGUUGUGCCCAUUUCUCCCUGGAUUAGUAUGUGCUGGCAUGAAAGGGAGAGCUGCAAGCAAAGGAGGAACUUGAUGAAGGAACUGGGGCUUGAGGAUUUCCUAUUCUAGUACCCAAAAUUAUUGUAGUAUUAGUAGUAGUAAUUUAAAAGCCAUAAAUACAGCCAAUAUCCAUGCUUUUUGUCCUAUUUGUCCUUUUUUCAAGUCUAAACCUCAUUAACAGUGUUUGAUGAAAACAAAUAAAAUCCUUUAAUCCAAUCUAAUACUUUAGGCCAGUGAUUGUGGCCAAUUUAUUCAGGUACUUUGGGGUUUUUAUGUUUGCAAGUCAUCUUUACCAGUUCAACCAAGGGUGCAAUCCGGAUGCAAGACACAGGCCACUAGUAGGGCAAUAUUGGUUUAGGCUAUAUAUGAAAUCAAUAACUUUACUAUACCUUUUGUCCUGACAGAAUAAUGUUAGGAUAUUUCAGAUGAUGUUUUCUAAUUUAUGUUAGGCGGGUAUAGUUAGUUACAUGUAGGGGGACAUCCCAUUUAUGCUUUUUCUCUCUGUAUUUAUAGUUCUUGCCUUAAGUGACUGCAUGGGCUUGAAGUUGGUGCUGGUCCUAGUGAGUGUAACCCUAUAAAAACAAACAUUCCAAAUGUAAAGCGAGUUUUUUAAACCAUUCCAGAUUUAACCCUUAAAUGAUCAAGAUUUAGAGAUUUGCUCAUGUGGUGUGUUGCCUCCAUAACCUUCCUCAUGACAAGCUAGAGACAAUACCAGUGUUCUAGCCAGAAGCAUACAUUCUGUUGGUAAAUAUUGUCCCAGGAUUAUGGGAAUUUACCUCUAUCCCAAAUAUAUAUUAUUUAUGCCAUAGACUCUGGCUUCAGCCAGCUGGUCACUGCUAUUAGCAUAAAAAAAUAAAAGUGCAACACACUGUUGAAAGCAAUGUCUGACAGGCUACAAUGUAUAGUUGCACGACUCCACUGCAGGCUCCAGAUAAAUAAAUCCACAGGUAUUUGUAUUAAGGAAGGGGUUCCUUCCACUGUAAAUGUAUUGUGAAAAUGUCCUGUAAAUAAGAAUAGUUAACUGUAUAAAGAAUACUAUGUCUCUACUGUUCAAGAAACAGCUAGUCCGUCCUAAAUAAACAGAUUGAAACACG